AGAGAGAGGGCUCGGGGCCCGUCCCAUCGGGGGCGGAGUGGGGGAGCUUGCACAGCAAUGUCGGGGGGCGCCCCGAGCUAGAGGCCAGCCGAGGACUCGAGUGCCCCAACCCACCGGCCGGCCCGGGCCCCCCUAGCCAUGCAGAAGAGCGUGCGCUACAACGAGGGGCACGCCCUGUACCUGGCCUUCCUGGCCCGCAAGGAGGGCACGAAGCGCGGCUUCCUGAGCAAGAAGGCGGCCGAGGCGAGCCGCUGGCACGAGAAGUGGUUCGCCCUCUACCUGAAUGUGCUCUUCUACUUUGAGGGCGAGCAGAGCGGCCGGCCCGCCGGCAUGUACCUGCUGGAGGGCUGCAGCUGCGAGCGGGCGCCCGCCCCGCCCAAGGCGGUGUCUGGGGCCGCGGGGGGCAAGGACGCCCUGGACAAGCAGUAUUACUUCACUGUUCUCUUUGGCCAUGAAGGCCAGAAGCCACUAGAACUCCGAUGUGAAGAGGAACAUGAGGGUAAGGAGUGGAUGGAUGCCAUUCAUCAAGCCAGUUAUUCAGACAUUCUGAUUGAGAGAGAAGUGUUAAUGCAGAAGUACAUCCAUCUAGUUCAGAUCGUAGAGACAGAAAAAAUUGCAGCUAACCAACUCCGACAUCAGCUUGAGGAUCAAGACACUGAAAUUGAAAGGCUUAAAUCAGAGAUUGUUGCUCUUAAUAAAACCAAGGAACGGAUGCGACCAUAUCAGGGCAACCAGGAAGAUGAAGAUCCAGACAUCAAAAAGAUUAAAAAGGUUCAGAGCUUUAUGCGAGGAUGGUUAUGUAGAAGAAAAUGGAAAACCAUUGUUCAGGAUUAUAUCUGUUCUCCCCAUGCUGAAAGUAUGAGAAAGAGAAACCAGAUUGUUUUCAACAUGGUUGAGGCUGAGUCAGAGUAUGUGCAUCAGUUGUAUGUUCUUGUUAACUGUUUCCUCCGCCCUUUAAGAAUGGCAGCGAGCUCCAAGAAACCUCCAAUUACCCACGAUGAUGUCAGCAGCAUUUUCCUCAAUAGUGAAACAAUCAUGUUCCUCCAUGAAAUAUUUCAUCAAGGACUAAAGGCAAGAAUUGCUAAUUGGCCUACAUUAAUUUUAGCUGAUUUAUUUGAUAUUCUACUACCGAUGCUUAAUAUUUAUCAAGAAUUUGUCCGCAAUCAUCAGUACAGCCUUCAAGUGCUAGCCAAUUGUAAGCAAAACAGAGAUUUUGACAAACUUUUGAAACAGUAUGAGGCCAACCCUGCCUGUGAAGGGAGAAUGCUCGAAACUUUUCUGACAUAUCCCAUGUUUCAGAUCCCUCGGUAUAUUAUAACACUCCAUGAACUUCUUGCUCAUACCCCUCAUGAACAUGUGGAAAGGAAGAGUCUGGAAUUUGCAAAAUCAAAACUAGAAGAACUCUCAAGGAUAAUGCAUGAUGAAGUGAGUGAUACUGAGAACAUACGGAAAAACCUUGCCAUAGAAAGAAUGAUAGUGGAAGGCUGUGAUAUAUUGUUAGAUACCAGCCAGACUUUUAUUCGACAAGGUUCUCUCAUUCAAGUCCCUUCAGUUGAGAGGGGGAAACUUAGUAAAGUUCGCCUGGGCUCAUUGUCUUUGAAAAAGGAAGGAGAAAGGCAAUGCUUCUUAUUUACAAAACACUUUUUAAUUUGUACAAGAAGUUCAGGAGGAAAACUGCACCUGCUAAAGACAGGUGGUGUUCUUUCUCUCAUAGAGUGCACCUUGAUUGAGGAGCCAGAUGCAAGUGAAGAUGAUUCAAAAGGCUCUGGGCAAGUGUUUGGACACCUGGAUUUUAAGAUUGUGGUGGAACCUCCGGAUUCCGCUCCUUUCACUGUUGUCUUGUUAGCGCCUUCUCGCCAAGAAAAAGCUGCUUGGACAAGUGACAUAAGUCAGUGUGUCGACAACAUUCGGUGCAAUGGCUUAAUGACAAUAGUAUUUGAAGAAAAUUCCAAAGUGACUGUGCCACAUAUGAUUAAGUCUGAUGCCCGUCUUCACAGAGAUGAUAAAGAUAUCUGUUUCAGCAAAACAUUAAACUCCUGCAAAGUGCCCCAGAUUCGCUAUGCCAGUGUGGAAAGGCUCUUGGAGAGGUUGACAGACUUGCGUUUUCUCAGUAUUGACUUUCUCAACACCUUUCUGCAUACUUACCGUAUCUUCACCACAGCAGCAGUGGUCCUGGAGAAGUUGUCUGACAUAUACAAGAGACCCUUCACAUCUAUCCCUGUUAGGUCUCUGGAAUUGUUUUUUGCUACUAGUCAGAACAAUCGAGGUGAACACUUGGCAGAUGGGAAGUCACCACAUCUGUGUCGGAAAUUCUCUUCCCCACCCCCAUUGGCUGUAUCCAGAACUUCUUCGCCUGUCAGAGCCAGGAAGCUGUCAUUGACUUCCCCCCUGAACUCAAAAAUUGGAGCCCUAGACCUGUCUGCUUCUUCUACGACUGGUGGUCCCACAUCGACUUAUAGCCCUGCUACAUCCCCACCGCCCCACACUGGUAAAGUACCAUUGGAUCUUAGCAGAGGCCCUUCUUCUCCAGAACAAAGUCCCGGAUCUCUAGAAGAGAAUUUAGAUAACCCCCGCAUGGAUCUGUGUAACAAGCUAAGACGAAAUAUUCGAAGAGCAGUUCUAGAAACUGUGUCCGGGGAUCGAACGAUAUCUGAAAGUACUCCAGCCGCGGAUGUAGCUGAACUUUCACCAUGCAGAUCACCUUCGACUCCACGACACCUGCGAUAUCGUCCACCUGGAGGACAAACAGCUGAUAAUACCCACUGCUCCGUUUCUCCUGCCUCUGCUUUUGCUAUUGCCACAGCUGCUGCAGGACAUGGGAGUCCACCAGGAUUUAACAACAGUGAGAGAACCUGUGACAAAGAGUUCAUAAUACGCAGAACAGCUACCAACCGAGUACUGAAUGUUCUCCGUCACUGGGUCUCGAAGCACUCACAGGAUUUUGAACUCAACAAUGAACUAAAGAUGAAUGUCCUGAAUUUGCUGGAGGAAGUCUUAAGAGACCCAGACCUUCUACCCCAAGAAAGGAAAGCCACGGCCAAUAUUCUAAGGGCCCUCUCUCAAGAUGAUCAAGAUGACACCCACCUCAAAAUGGAGGAUAUAAUUCAAAUGCUUGACUGUCCUAAAGCGGAAUGCUUUGAAACCCUGUCAGCCAUGGAACUUGCUGAACAGAUCACACUGUUAGAUCACAUAGUGUUCAGGAGCAUCCCCUAUGAAGAAUUUCUUGGGCAGGGUUGGAUGAAAUUGGAUAAAAAUGAAAGAACCCCCUACAUUAUGAAAACCAGCCAGCACUUUAAUGAUAUGAGUAACCUUGUGGCCUCCCAGAUAAUGAAUUAUGCUGAUGUCAGCUCCCGGGCCAAUUCCAUUGAGAAAUGGGUUGCCGUUGCCGAUAUCUGUCGAUGCAUGCACAACUACAAUGGAGUGUUGGAAAUCACCUCAGCCUUAAAUAGAAGUGCAAUCUACAGGCUGAAGAAAACCUGGGCCAAAGUCUCUAAACAGACAAAAGCUCUUAUGGACAAACUUCAGAAGAUUGUAUCUUCAGAAGGAAGAUUUAAAAAUCUCAGAGAAACACUCAAAAACAAUUGUAACCCCCCUGCAGUCCCUUAUCUUGGAAUGUACUUAACGGACCUGGCGUUUAUUGAAGAAGGAACGCCAAACUUCACUGAGGAAGGCCUUGUCAAUUUUUCAAAAAUGAGAAUGAUAUCACACAUUAUCAGGGAGAUACGCCAAUUCCAGCAGACUUCCUACAGGAUAGACCACCAACCAAAGGUCACUCAGUACUUGCUGGACAAAACUCUCAUCAUAGAUGAGGAUACACUAUAUGAGCUGUCGCUAAAGAUUGAACCUCGACUCCCUGCUUGAAGAGCCAGCUUUGCCCCUGAAUCUACGGAGAACGUCCAUGUGAAGAGACCAAACUGUGCCUGCCACACCUGCACAAUGGGUGGGGAAGGGAUGAGAUUUCAAGCUCCAUUCUUCUCUGACAAACACUGAGGCUACCAGAAAUUCUGUCUCAAGCCAGGAGAGCAGAGCUGUUUAGGGUGCAAUGCCAAUGCUUCAGACUCGGGCAGGAGAUUGGCAAAGUUGUUACUUUGCAAAGCUAGAACAGAAUUUGCCUCUUCAAAAAAGGCCUGAGUAGAGAAAGAAGGCCUUUGUCACACUGAGUGGCGGUUGGUAAUUUCAUGGGGGUAAAAUCUGACUCUACCAUGUUCCAUUAAGAGCAUGUGGGCAGAGAGAGAGAGAGAGAGAGAGAGAGAAAGAGAGAAAGAGAUGUUUCUCUGGCAUGUUACUUAACAGGGAACAUCUACUAACCCAACCUUAGGAUAUAUAUGCUUUCAUUCCAUUCACUUUCAAACCAGUAAGAGCUUCACAGAAAAAUGUAGUCAUCUUGGGUGGGAGGUGCCCAGCCCCUAAACUGUUUCCGUUUUUAUAGCAUGUGCACUGUUUCAAAUGUAUGGAUCAAUAUUUAUCGUUAAAUAAUCUAACAUUCUGAAUUCAUCUUUUCAGUCUUUGGGCAGCUGUACAGGAAGAGAAAGGUGAGAGUGGGGAACACAGGGGACAAAAGAUGAAAUAAACAUGACUUUAUAAAUUGUCCUUAGACCCAGAGAGCUAGCUGCUUCUAGUGCAAGCCUGAAGCCCAGUGUGUUUCUCUGGGAUCCACUCUCUCGUUGUCAGAGUGGCCAGGCCCCAGGUAGCUAAAAGAAGGGACAUCCUAAGUCCCAGUUGUCUGCUUGACUUCUCCGGGAUCAGAUGCUCUGGAUGCUGAUGAUUUUACUGUCAGCUCAGACACCUGCUCUUGACCAUUGUCACCCUGAGAUCUCUUCCUUUCCUCCUUCCCUCCCAUAACCCCACUGGGGGAGCUGCUAAUCAAGCCUGAAAGGCAAUAAGUUCCUACAAAGAAGACUGCAGGAAUGGUGUGUUAAAACUUUUAAAUGCAAACAUUUGCUUUAGAAAACAUUGUCUUUGCUCAACAUCGACUCUGCUUGUUUUUUUUCUGUAUUUCUACCCUGGUAAUGUAGGAUUCUGUCCUGGUAAGGAUGCCUUUUGUUUUUAAAGGCAAUUGAAUCCUGGAUCAUGGGCAUCUAUGACCAGAGAAGAUUUUUUGAGUAAUAUUUUUAAAGCCCUGUGCUACCGCAUGAUGGCAAGUGGAAGCCUCCCUGGGCAUGCCACACUUCUAGUCUUCUUCCAGGGUUUGGCCUAGAGUAGCUGCAGGAGAAACAGGCCCCAUCAGGCAUCCCUAGUGCCCAUAGGGAAACUGAUAUAGGUUAUAGUUAAGCUUACCUUUCCCCAAACUAUCAGCUAGUGAAGAAAUAAGGCUUUGUUACUGUUUACCUCCCUUCUUUUCUUAGGGAGACAGCUGUUGUAUUUAAUUACAAAGGAAAGGAAAAGAAAGAGAAAAGGAUAUUGUUACCCUAGCCUUCUGCAUCUGACAUUAUCUCUAAGAGUCAUGAAGCUUAUUAAUGCUGACAAUGAAGAAUUGAUCUUUUGGGCUUGAUUUUUUUCCUCUUUAUUUGCACUUUAAUUAUGUUACUAGAGCUAACAGCUGUCCAAUAAAUUCCACUCACAGUCUCUUAAGACCCAGUGGAAGGGCUAACAUUGAGGAUGCACCUUUUGUGGCAGUGAAUAUCAUCAUGUUUUCUGUACCUCAAGGACCAUCUCUGUAAAUAACUACAUAGCAAAACAUCAAAUAAGUACUAGCAACUCAAUUUAAAAUCUUUGAAGACCUUUCCAGAAGCAUCUUCAGUAGUUCUGAAUUAACUAGCACGAUAACAUUAUACCUGAGAAGAGUCAUUUAGAGAUGUUCUAUUUUUCUUUUAAGAAAAAAAAAUUGCUUGUCCUUUAUAGUAUGAAAUAAGAGGCUAAUGCAUCCUGAUGCAUGAUAAGAAGCAUGGGUUCUUUGGAUAACGAUAACAUCCAACUGUGUAGUUCACUUAUCAAUUGUGCAUAAUACAGAAUUUGAAAUUAACAACUGCCAACUGCAUACAAUACUACAGAGUCAGCAGUGGAGAAGGUAAAUAACAGAUUGCCCCAUUUUUGCCUAGAAACAUACUCUUGCUGCUUGCAAAAAAGGAUAGAAUUGAGUAUAUAAGAAUAUAAAAUGAGAGGCUGGCAUAUAAUCUAGUUACUGACUAAAUAGUGAUGGGAUAGGAAGAUAGGCUGUAAACUGUCAGUUCUGCCCUAUAGUGCCAGAGAGCCUCCAGCAGUGAAGGAAGGACUGACUGUGUGCACCCAUCACAUUUUUCUCCAGAUUUCCCAUCUGCAUCUGACUUGCAUAUCCGGACAUAUUUUAUUUCUCUGUUCCAAUUGAAUCAGUGUCUAUACACACACCCUUUCUAACCACAUUAAAUACAGAUUAUUAGAGAAAAAUAGGAACCAGGAGUCUCUUAAGUGGUCUUUCCUAUUCUUCCCACCCUACUAAAGCAGAUGGAAGGAAUACAGUGAUUCAGUAGCCACUUUCAAAAUUCUUUCUUUGUAGCUUCAGCUGACUCUGCACAGGCCAGGCUGUUGCUAUUGCUGACCAUAUUCCCCCUCUAUUUGGCUCACAUCCACUAGCCCAGGAGUUCUUAACCUUAUCUUGUGUCAUGGACACCACCACCCCUCCUGGAAUCUCUGCUUUGAUAAAGCAGGCAAGAGCUGUGUGAGUGAAUAAAUAGUAUAUAAUGCUUAAACAGUUAUACACCUCUUGCUAUGGCUCCACACCUGAACAGAAGUACUAGAAGUGGGCUGAGAAGGAAAUAUGCCCUCAGAUAAGUUCCUGAAGAUGUUCUGCUGCGUUUUUAAGCCAAUUGAAAUAGGGGACAUGAAUAAAGAAAGCUUUAUAAGGCUUCGUUCCAUGACCAAACCAGGACCAUCUUGGGUCCUUGUCAUAUUUCCUUAGAGUAUCUGAAACUUUGUAGGCCAUAUGAUGUGUUGAGCCUUAUCUCCCUUCAUCUCUGUUUGUUCCUUUGCUUUUUGGGUAGUCAGUCCCAUCAGGAUAUAGGACCGCUUUUGACUUCUGAUUAUAUGGAUUGUCUCUUCAUUUCCAAGUAGAAGACAAAAGAAAAAUGUAAAAAUGUUUUUGAUCCAAAUAACAAAUGCCCACAUAGAGGAAAUGAAUACUACACGGACAAAAGUCAAACUUUGGACCCAAGCUUCCACCUAAAUACCCACAAUUUCCAUGAAAUUAUCUUGGGGCUUUUAGGGGAUUCCUUUGCAUAUGAAAAUAAGACAAUUCACUUCCACUACAGAGCCACAUCUCUUGCUAAAGCAGAUAUGUUCUUUGACAUAAUAAGGCCUGAAGUAGAGUAGUGUCACCUUUCCCUUAGUAUUUCAGUAACAGUGUGGGUAUUUAGAAUUGCUGGCAGGACAAUUUUGUCAGUCACCAUUUAAGAAAGAAUCCAGUUCUUAAUUGGUGGAGUUUCUGUAAAACUGAAAGUUUUUAUUAAAAGAAAACUAAACCCUUCUAUUUUGAAUCAUUUGGAAUAGAAAAAACACUCUCCAGGUUUGAUUUUGUAUAGUGAACAAGUUUAUCUCCUUUUCACAAAAAGCUGUCACUAGAUUAUACGAGACAAAAUCUUGGCCGAAUAAUAUUUUAGAAAUUUUCAAAACUCUAAGGAGUAAUGUCUUCUACUUUGAUAAAUAGAUUUCGUUUCCAAAUUGAUGAAAAUAAAUAUUCUCUUUACAAACUAAAGAUAUUUGUCUAGAAUAAGUGGGCCUACUAUCCCCAAGUAAAUAUCAUCUGUGACUAUGAAAUGUAUCAUGUAUAUAUAACAUUAGGAUGUGCAUACAUGUGUCGUGUGUGUACAUAUAUGUAUACAUAUAUAUCCAACCUCAAUAAUCUAAUCCUUUUUGUGACACUAUCAAAUGGGUUAUGAGGAUGGAGAUCUGUUAUAACCAAGCAGAAAAGGCCUGGCUAAUAUCUAUAAUGGGUAAAAAACAAUUAGCAAAGUCAUGAAUUAUUCUUCUGUUUAGCCUUAAACAGGAAAACGACUCACUAGUUAUAUAAUAAUUGUUUUGAUGUCAAUGUCGAAAUUUUCGCUUUUGAAAAGGAUAGAAAUCUGUUAUGGCUAAAGAGAAAAAUCCUAGCUAAUCUCCAUAACAGGGAAGAACAAUUAGGAAAGUCAUGAAUUAUCCUUCCAUCUUGAUUCAAAUAAGAAGACAAGUUGCUCAAGUAACAGUUUAUGCUAUGAUUGUGAGUAUUAGCAUAUGAACAUGUUGUUUGGGACCUGGUAUCCUGGUAUGAAUAAAAGACUAAUUCAAACAUUCUUUAGUUCAAAAAUCAAUCACAGUUUCAUUUAUUAAAGGUCCACCAGAGGCCUGUAACCAAGCAGAGUGGAACUGCACAAGAAAUCAAUUAUCUUGGGUUCAUUUUCUUUUUGUAAAGUAUAACCAGAUGGAUCAUUUAUGAAUGUUAUUUGUCCUUUCUGUCAUCGUGUAGUAUGACAUAGCUAUCCAACCUCAAAGCAGAAAUUUGUCAUGUUUGAUCCUUUAAUGGAAGAAUAAUCAUAUUGAACUUUUAUAUGCACCAUUUGCAUUUUAUCCAUUAUAUAAUCCUCCCUGGUCCCUUUUACAAUAGAUUUGAUGUGUAGGGUGUUGGGUUUUUUUCAUCUAAAGAAGUCUGUGUUUCUUGGAAAGCACACUGUUAAUAUCCAGUCACAUUGUUUCCUCUGACAGCUGAUAUGUACUUGAUGUUUUGACAGAAGGUUUUUGCUUCAUGUAUUAAGGCUUAUUGACUUGUGGGGUACAGACUGUGCCUAUAUGCAAAUU